CCAUCCUUGCUGUGUGACUGCGUGUUUCCCUCUCCUUCUCUGCACGUACUGUCAGCCUGCGCAUAUUUUUAUGUUUGCAGAACUGAAUGCAUUCAUGAGUGUGUGUGUAUGUGUGUGUGUGCGUGUGUGUAGGAUGCUAAAACCUGGAGCUGUGAAAGAGGGGGAGGGGCAAGGAUAGAGACGCUGAAGAAAUAGAUGAAAAAAGAAAGAAAGGCAAGAAGAAGGGAGCAAGGCAUUGAGGAGAGGACAGAUCUUGAGGAGAGAGUGAUGGUGAAAGGCACACUGAGGAGAGAUAGACGUAGAGAGUAAGGAGGAGGAGGAGGAGGAGGAGGAGGAGGAGGAGGGGACGAUCUGCUGGAGGAAGCAGCAGCAUCGGUGAUUUUCACAGGAACCAAGGCAGCUCUGUUGCCGUGACGAUGGGCUGCUGGCUCUCUGGACCGUGGAUGGGUGACCAAACGGUGAGUGGGCGGAGUCUUGCAAACCUGAGCCAGCGGGAUGCUCUGCGGAUCCUGGCGGCCAGUCAGCGUCCAAUUACAAUGCAGAUCAAGGGUCAGAGGGGGUGUGGCACUGAGGCAGACAGGGGAAUCUGGGAGCCCCUCCCUCUCAACCUGCAGCACCUCAACCUGCCCCUCCCACUGAUGGGGGCGGGACUUAACGCCUCCAGCCCCUCCUACCAGGACAGACAUUAUUACAGCCAUCGGUCUCUGCCACAAGAUCACUGUGAAGGAGGACGGUACAGCUACCUGUCCAGCUCCCCACGGGACACUGUCGACAUGAGCCACCAGGAUCCAGAACUGACUUGUCGUGGACAAAAGGGACAGAACUGCCUGAUGAGAUGUUGCAAUACAAACUUAGAAGAACCCAAUGGCUGCCACAGUCAGACAGAUGACGAGGACUUCAUGCUGGAGAAGCCGCUGGGCUUCCUGCCCCUGCACCAUGAGCUGGACAGCGGACUGGGCUGGACUGAUGGCUCCCUCCACCAGGGGGACCUCUCUGGGCUGGAGACUGAGGAAGGAGGCCUGGAAGACUGUCAUUCACAUGGGGCCCUCGCCCAGGGGGGUUGUGGGGGCUUUGGAGGAGGUGGCUCUCCUUCCUCUGAGUCCUUUAUUUCCUCGGAGCUCAGCGACUCGGGCUUCUACAGCGUGAGCACUGGGGAGUUCAGGCACUUCCAGAGGCUGCUGGAGAAGCGAAUGCGGAUGUACAACGCCAGGCUGCAACAUCAGGGCGAACCGUGCGAGAGGCGGGAGCGGCGUGACAGCUGCCCCAAGAGCCACCGUGAGCUGCUGGAGGCCAUCCCUGAGGCGCUGACCAUGCAGCCUCAGUGUCAGCGCCUGCAGCUCGAAAUAGAGGACGGUGCUGGGCCAAUCAUGGAUGUCCCACCCCGCGGACUUUUCAGAGUUUCAUCGGUCCAGUUCCAUAAAGCUGACCGGCCCUGUCUGAACCGUCACAGCUCCAGCAGUGGAGCCCUCUUCAACCCCUCCCAUGCCCAUGCUGCAGUCUCACGAAUGAAUGCCCCGGCCCUCUCCACCUGCAGCACCCCCUCCAGCCACCGGAGAUCACUAGUACCCAUGCAACAGACCCACCAGGGCUCCAGUUCAGUGGGGAUGCUGAGGAGAAGCCGUACUCUGCACCAUCGCCCUCCUCCGCAGGAGUACCGUCGGCGAGCCAGCCACCCAGCUUCCCCCUCCUACUGCGCAGCAACCCUGCACCACUGUGGAGGUGUCCAGCCACAUAACGUCCUGCCAUCGGGCCUGCCAGAGGAAGGUGAGCUAGUGCCUGGUUUGUUGGCUUCUCACCCGGCAGGCUUGGCCCUCUCACCACAACAACACCCCACCGCUUUGGGGCAUGUUAGGGGUGCCAACACCCAUGAGCGAUGCUACAGCAACAACCCUAAUGCCCAGAUCGCUCACCAUGACUGGUGGCACUCGCAAGAAAGAAGCCCGAUGCCCGAGCAACUGGUGACAGAAAGGGACAGAGAGAUUGAGAGGGAACUGGAACAAAAAAAGCAAAUGCAAGAGAAAAAGCUAGAAAGGGAUGCACAGAUUCAAGAGGAAAUGGACAGAGAGCGGCAGCAAGAGCUGGGAAGGAGCCGAGCCAGAGAACAGCAGCACUUCCAGAGUUUAGUCCAACCUCCUCAGGCUGGAGAUGUCAACGACACCUGGCCGAAACCGGCCAUCCGUCAGUCCCAGAGUGGCGGGGGAGGCAGAGGUCUCUACAGCACCCUGGAGGGCCACACGGGGGCUUGCUCUGUUGCUGGGUGGGAUGCAAAGAAAGGACAAAUGAAUGCAUGUUCAAGCCCUAAUCCCAGUUCUGGUUUGCAGCCAAAACUUAAUCCAAGCUCCAAACCCAACGCAAACUCGCGGAUCUCCAGGAACCAGCUCCUGAGAGACCGGGCGUCUCAGCUGGCCGACGAACGCAGUGGGAUGAGCACAGAUGAGGAGACCAAUACCGACAUGCUGAUGGGCCGGUACUGGAGUCGAAUGGAGAGAAGGGAACACUUUCUGCUGGCCCGUGAGCAGAGGCAGCAGCAGCUGCAGGCCAGAGGAGGGACUAUACGAGACGCCAUCAUCAGGGGAGGAGCAAUCACCGGGGGAGGAGGAGCCUCUGCUGGAGACGGCGGUGUGCUGGACAGCAGAGGAGGCGGAGCUUUUGCAGAAGGGAGGUGCAACACGUUCCUGGAGCUGAGUCAGAGGAAGCUGAGUCGUCUGAGGAACAGGAAGCUGUUGGAUGACUGGACGACAGUAGAGGAGCUGCUGACUCAUGGGACAAGGCUGAACAACCAGGAGGACAUGCUGUGUACCAGCUCCCUGCUGACGGUCACCACGGUCUAACUGCAUGGGCACCACGUCUAACUGUAACUCUGUGCGAGUGUGUGUGAUGUUAAGCUAACAAUACGAUAUUUUGGUAAAUCCUCUCGUUCUCUUUUCCAAAGUCAGAUGAGAAGAUAGAUAUCAGUUUUGUCAUUGCUAUCCAGUGCAGAGACAGGUCCAGGAUGUGUUUAGCUUGGUUAAAAACAAGGACUGGAAGCGGGGGU